AGAGGAGUUGUCGAGAGUGGUGGGCGUGUCGCUUGCCUCAAGUUCAGUUUGCCUGCAGUUGUGAUUAAUUUCCCAAACUUUCGCGAACUUCGCUUCAGUCCGUACUUGCUUUGCCAGCGCUCACGUCCUCCACACUAUUCAAGCCUUCGAGUCAUUAACAUGCAUGGCAUCCAUGCUCUUCACUUUAUUUUGUCUUCAGUGCUCCUAUGCAUCGGAUUGAGGGCAAUUGCAGCCCAGUCUGGGUCUGAGACAGAUCUGGUGGUCCCCUAUGAGUUAAAAAGAGAGGAGGUUCACCUUCUGCAGGAAGCACUGGGGCGGAGUGGGAGCAGGAGCCAGCGCUCACUCCAACAUCCAACAAGUCUGCGGGACAACUUGUUCUUCUCCUUGCCGGCGUUUGGAAAGGAGCUGUACCUGCAGCUCCGAAGGGACGACUCGUUUCUUUCUGAUGGCUUUGUCGUUGAGGAACGCGCAGAGGAUGGGAGCGCACAGCAUACGCGUGUCCUGGAGGCGACCCGGGGCUGCUUCUACACGGGAUCAGUCCUCAAUCACACCGACUCUUUUGCAUCAGUCAGCACAUGUGGUGGUCUGACUGGCCUGGUGCAGACAGGAGAUGACAGCCUGUUUAUUGAGCCAGUCAACAUCGCAGGCGACUCCAUCUCCGGUAUGGAACACAAGCUCACCCGCCACAAACGAUCCACCCAAGCCAGCGCGCCCCCCGCCGACAGCCACCCACGCUACUGUGACCCCGUGCAAGGUAAGAAGAAGGAGCGGAAGCAGAGGCCGGCCGAUGAGGGCAGGGGGCGCCGGAAUGCCAUCCGCUUGAGCCAGGCGUACACCGUGGAGACGGUGGUGGUAGCCGACUCCGACAUGGUGAAGUACCACGGUGCUGAGGCUGCUCAGCGGUUCAUCCUCACAGUCAUGAACAUGGUGUACAACAUGUUCCAUCACCAGAGCCUGGGCGUCCGAAUUAACAUCCGGGUCACCAAGCUCGUCCUCCUCCACACCCGGCCGGAGAAGCUGAAGGUGGGCCACCAUGGAGAGAGGUCCCUGGAGAGCUUCUGCCACUGGCAGCAUGAGGAGUUCGGCGGGUCGCGGUACCUGGGGAACAACCAUGUCCCCGGGGGAAGGGACGACCCACCGCCAGUGGACGUUGCGGUUCUGGUCACCAGGACUGAUUUCUGUGUCCACAAAGAUGAGCCAUGUGACACAGUAGGAAUCGCCUAUCUCGGUGGCGCCUGCAGUUCCAAGAGGAAGUGUGUGCUGGCCGAGGACAACGGACUCAACCUGGCUUUCACCAUCGCGCACGAGCUGGGCCACAACAUGGGAAUGAGCCAUGAUGAUGACCACGCCACUUGCACCGGACACUCCCACAUCAUGUCUGGCGAGUGGGUCAAAGGUCGUAACCCCAGUGACCUCUCCUGGUCAUCCUGCAGCCGUGAUGACUUGGAAAACUUCCUCAGGUCGAAGGCCAGCAUGUGCCUGCUCCACACGGACCCACGCAGUCGCUACAUGAUCCGACUCCCUCCCAAGCUCCCAGGCAUGCACUACAGCGCGGACGAGCAGUGCCAGAUUUUGUUUGGCACCAACGCAACCUUCUGCAAUGAUAUGGAGCACCUAAUGUGUGCCGGCCUGUGGUGUCUGGUGGAGGGUGACACGUCGUGUAAAACCAAACUGGACCCUCCGCUGGAUGGCACAGAAUGUGGUUCUGACAAGUGGUGCAGGGCGGGAGACUGUGUGAGUAAGACGCCCAUCCCUCAGCAUGUGGACGGGGACUGGAGCGCCUGGAGCCCGUGGAGCAUGUGCAGCCGCACCUGUGGCACAGGAGCCCAGUUCAGACAGAGGAAGUGUGACAAUCCACCCCCUGGUCCUGGAGGGAGGCACUGUCAGAAGACUAGUGUGGAGCACAAGGCCUGUGAGGGCCAGCCCUGUGCCAAGGGCCUGCCCACCUUCAGGGAACAGCAGUGCCAGUCCCACGACCGGCACAACAACAAGAGGAAGUCCAGCAUGUGGACUGCGGUCAUCAACGAUGACAAGCCGUGCACUCUCUUCUGCACGCCGGUGGGACGGGACGCUCCCGUCUUGGUGGCAGACCGCGUGAUGGACGGGACCCCGUGCGGCCCCUACGAGUCUGACCUGUGUGUGAACGGGAGGUGCCAGAAAAUCGGUUGUGACGGCAUCAUCGGCUCCUCGGCAAAAGAAGACAGAUGUGGAGUCUGCAAUGGGGACGGCAAGUCCUGCAAGAUCAUCAAGGGGGACUUCAAUCACACCAGAGGGAUGGGUUACAUUGAGGCGGCCAUCAUUCCAGCGGGCGCUCGGCGAAUCAAAGUCGUGGAGGACAAGCCAUCCCACAGCUUCCUGGCGCUGAAGGACUCAAGCAAGAGAUCCAUCAACAGCGACUGGAAGAUUGAGCUGCCGGGGGAGUUCGAGCUCGCCGGCACGACGGUCCGCUACGUGCGACGGGGACUGUGGGAAAAGAUGUCUGCUAAGGGACCCACUAAGACACCUCUACACCUCAUGGUGCUCCUGUUCCAUGACCAGACGUAUGGGAUCCACUACGAGUACACCGUGUCUCUGAACCAGUCCCAGGAGAACAUCAGCGAGGUGCAGCCCCAGCCGGAACAUCUCUAUCUGUGGACCCACAGCAGCUGGGAGGGCUGCAGGGUCCAGUGUGGUGGAGGCGAGAGAAAGACGGUUGUCUCCUGCAUGAAGCUUCUCAAUAAGUCCAUGACCCUCGUGAAUGACAGCCACUGUCUACCCGAGAACCGACCAGCGCCUCAGAUCCGGCACUGCAACACCCACCCCUGCCAGUACCGCUGGGUGACCGGUGAGUGGGGCAAGUGCUCAGUGACGUGUGGGAAGGGCUUGCAGCUGCGUGACGUGAUGUGUGUGCACCAGCUUCAGAACGGCUCGUACGUCAACACCCGAGACCUUUACUGCCUCGGCGGCAAGCCCUCGGCCAUGCAGGGCUGCGACGGACGCGACUGCCUCACCGCAUGGGAGGCGUCAGAGUGGUCAAAGUGCUCGUCAGACUGUGGGCGCGGGACGCGGAGACGCACUGUCACCUGCACCAACCCUCAGGGCCGCUGCGACCCCGUGUCCCGACCGGGGGACGAGGAGGCCUGUGAGGACCACUCCAAGUGCUACGAAUGGAAGACUGGAGAAUGGUCAAAGUGCUCGUCCUCGUGCGGAAGGGCUCUCCAGUCCCGAGUCGUCCAGUGCAUGCACCGCGUAACCGGUCGCCAUGGCAACGACUGCCCAGCCGUGCUGAAGCCGCCGGCCUACCGGCAGUGCCACCAGGGGGCGUGCAACGAGAAAGUCAACGUGAACACCAUCACCUCCCCCAGACUGGCUGCGCUGACGUACAAGUGCACGGGGGACCAGUGGACGGUGUACUGCAGGGUGAUCCGGGAGAAGAACCUGUGCCAGGACAUGAGGUGGUACCAGCGCUGCUGCCAGACGUGUAGAGACUUUUAUGCCAACAAAAUGCCACACAACAGUUAAUGACCUCGCAGCAGAUGUAUAGGGUUGUUUCAUUUGACAUGUUUUGACUAUUUUGAGUGAUUUAUUAUUAUUUUUAUUAUUAUUAUAUAAAUUAUUGUUAUGUCCAUUUAAUAUGGCAUAAUAUCAUAAAAGUUCAUUUACAUGAACAUACAUUUCAAGUGAGUUCUAAAGCUAAUAGAUAGAUGUUAAGGUUACUUGAAAACUUGUUUUGUUUUGUUUAGUUUAGUUUUAGCUGUAAAACCAAAGUGAGUGACUUCUAGACAGUAGAGGUGACUGUUCAGCCCAUCAGGAUGGCUGUUGUGCAGUGUGAAAACAUUCAGCUGGCCCUGUUCACCGAUCACCACUGGCUGGCCAGUAACCCCAAGAAUGGGCACUGGAACAUCUUUACUUCCCAGAUAUAAAACAAAUGUUUCUUUUUUGUUUUACUGUAUGUUUCUUUUCUGUUUUUCUUUAAUUUAAUUUUUAUAAAGAGCCACCAUCAAGUAGUUUUACAACUUAUGUUGGUAACCUCGCCACCAGUUUUGGUGCUGCUGAACUUAUAAAGGUCUAUCAAACAAAUAUGAGCUGAAUGAUUUUGGUCAAGGAGCCUUGGGCUCCGAUGGCUUAGGUGGAAGGGUAGGUCAUGUUAGGUGCUUUCCUAUGGUGCUCACUACUUUCCUAAUUCCUGUCAGGAAAGCAAGUGGUCUAGUAUGUAUGUAUGUAUGUAUAGUGCUGAAAUGGCCCUUUUUUUGUUAAAAAGUGAAAUCUGCAUUAUCGCCUUACUCUUCUUUUUAAAUGUAUGUAUUUACAUUUGAUCAAAAAGUGGGGCAUUGUACCUGUUUAGUUCUGAUGCUAGCUAGUAGAGAGAGGCGUAUGGAAGUGGAGGCACAACUAAAUCCAUUGCCUUGAGUAGUAAAUCAGUUAAUUCAUUACGUCUGUUUUUUGCACUCAGUAGACAGUUGUUACUCAUGUUACAGAGACAAAAUGUCUCCCUGUAAACUAAUGGCAUUCCCAUGACUGCCUGGAUUCCCAUCAGUCCUGGAUAACUCACACUCCCCAAACUGUCCCCUUUAACUAGGUGUGUGUGUGUGUGUGUGUGUGUGUGUGUGUGUGUGUGUGUGUGUGUGUGUGUGUGUGUGUGUGUGUGUGUGUGUGUGUUGAAAGUCCAAGCUUUUUCACGGCUUCUCAGUGUCUCGCUCUGGCUUGUCUGUGGUACACGGCACUGCCUGGCAGGAGACCACCGGGGCUGAUGACCAAGAGCCCAGAGUCAACAGUUGGACCACGGCGCUUGCUGAUAAACACACAGCUCAGCAUAUAGACUAAGACUGAGAAAACAGCGCCCCCCACUCCCCCACCCUCCCCCAUGCAAGCGCUCGCAUCCAGUCCGGCUGGUAGCUAAUCAAUCCGGCCUAAUAUUGUUUGCCCAAAGAUUCUCAGAUCCGAGCGAACAGCAGACCACCCGCUGCGCUCUGUCUCCCUGACGCCCAGAGCCUGGCGUCUCCCAGCGCGAGCUGCCCGUUGCUGCUUCCCAGUGAGAGAGCUCAGGGGAUCCUUUAAUGUGGAGGGGGGGGGGCUGAUCUAACGGGGCCAAGUAAAGGUCAGGUUCUUUAUUUUUUUUUUUCUCUCAGAGGAGUUCUUUGAAGGCCUCCCAGCCUUUCUUUUGUGGUGCCAGCGUGCAGGAAUCUGUGAACAAGAGCUCUGGGUUAGGGUUAGGGUUAGUGGGAGUGGAGAUUCGUUUUUUUGUUUGUUGUUGUUUUUUGUUUCACUCAGCAGAAGUCUAAAAUGUGAACAUUGACUACAGGCCUGCCUCUCGGAGGUGCUGACCCGACUCAUAAAACCUCUGAGUUCCAUGUGUGUAGAGGCCCUUGGCACUCACCUCAGAGGGCCCUGGGGCCACAAGUGGUGCUAGACAUAUUUCACCUCUGUAGAAUCUCAGCUCUCAGUGUGUUACAUGUUUGUUUUUUUUUGGUUUGUUUUAGUUUUUCCAUAUGUAAUUGUGGACAUGACUUUUUACUAGGAUUAUUUAAUACUUAAGAUAUAGCUACCUUUUUUUUUAUUCCUGAUUAACUGUCAUUGAUGGCUUUUGUGUUGUUUGUGUGUUUACCUUCUGUAGUGCCAAUGUCUUGUAUAUUCAUGUACUGUAUGUUUUUAGUUGCACAGAUGUUUUGGUACAUAAACUGCCACUAUAUGCGUUUUAAUGGUGCUGAUUUUGUUCAUCAUAAAUUUUAAGAUGUUAUUUCUUUAAUAAAUGAAUGUCUUGACAUAAAUCAGCCCUGUUCAAUUCAGUAAAACUGAUAAAAAAAAUAGAAAGUAAAAAUGAAAUGACAGAGGAUAAAGUCUUACAGCUCAACUGUAAAUUGUUUGCAGGACAAUAAAUGGAAUCUUAUUAA